AUGUCUAGAAGGAGCAACACCAUGUCGGGCUCCAAUGGAAACAUCCCCAAGGACGUCACAUCCUCCAACAGCCCAGCAAUUGACAAGCAAAAGACUCUUCUUUCCGCAGAUGUUGGGCACUUCUCUCUCGUGCGCGCCAUGCACCUUGCCGACUUGAUUACUCUCAUGAAUGGUGCUUGCGGUGUCAUGUCCAUCUUCUCCUCGCUACGAUACGCACUUGGCGACCCCAAGGAUUUUGACAACCUCUGGCUUGCUCUCUUCUUCCUUCCUUUCGGUCUGUUCUUCGACUUUUUCGACGGCAAGGUUGCUCGAUGGAGGAAGAAGAGUAGUCUCAUGGGCCAAGAAUUGGAUUCUCUUGCUGAUUUGAUCUCCUUCGGUGUCGCUCCCGCUAUGGUCGCCUUCACCCUUGGUUUUCGUUCGCUGGCCGACACUGUUGGUCUUACCUUCUUCGUUCUGUGUGGCCUCACUCGCCUCGCCCGCUUCAAUGUUACCGUUUCGGUUCUUCCAAAGGACGCCACUGGCAAGAGCCAGUAUUUCGAAGGAACUCCCAUUCCCACUUCGCUCGGCAUGGACGCCAUCAUGGCCUAUUGGCUCUCGCAGCGUUGGGUUCAUGACAAUCUUCCCUUUGGUGUCUGGUUCCAGGGUUCGGCUUUCGAGUUCCAUCCUGCCGUGAUUCUGUUCAUGAUCCACGGCUGCCUCAUGACCAGCAAGACCAUCCGCAUACCCAAGCCUUAA